AUGAUGAGCCAUAGCUUUGGCAUCGUCAAAGCAACCGAGACAUUAAAAUUUUUUGAAGAUUUGGAAAUAGAGAAGAAACUUAAGCUUAUUAACAAACCUGCAGUCAAAAUCAUCAAGUCUAUAUAUGGUGAACGGUAUGGGUGCGUGGAUUUCUACAAACAACCAGGAUUCGACCACUCAUCCAUGAUGAAUCACACAUCCUUUCACUCUAAGAUGCGUAUGAUGUCAUUACAUCCCGAAGGAUCAAAACUGCAAAGAGGGACACUUGGUAACAAAAAAUUUGGGUACUUUUGGGAGAAUGGCAUAGGAUGUCCUAAUGGUACGGUCCCUAUACUUAGAGCUACCAAAGGCGAUCUCUUCAGAUUGAAAUCGUUCGGUGGCGAAAAUUUGAAUCCCCAAAGUUCGUGGAACAAUACUUAUGAACCUAUGUCUGCCGGCAGUGGCUAUCAUUUUGCUGUUGUGCGAACUAACGGGCCAAAGAGUUACAAUGGAGCGUACAUGAAUGUUAGGAUAUGUACCCCUCCGGUUCAACCGAAUCAAAGGAGCUCUGCUCGAAUGAUGAUUCGGUUUGGAAAUGAAUUCAUCCAAGCCGGUUGGACCGCUGGAGGACAUGCAUGCUAUCACACCAGAUGCCCGAGUGGAGCCGGGAUGAUACAGGUCCGUCAGGAUUUUGGUCCUGGUUUACCUCUCCGGGAUAAAUAUGCUACUCUUGACAUCGCCAUAAUGAAGGACAAAAGCAACGCGACCUGGUCGCUUUACGUGGCCGGGGAAGAAAUUGGGUACUGGCCAUCGAGCAGGUUCAAAGUAAGCUCCGGGACGAUGGUAGAAUGGGGAGGUGCAGUGUACAGUCCGCCGUCGUCUCCAAGUCCUAUGAUGGGUACCGGUCGUUUUCCGACCGGGAACCCUAACAUCGACUCCUAUAUCCGUUUGAUCUCGAUCGUCGACGGAGACUAUAAGGAGGAUAAAACAGUGACUAACAGGUAUUCCUAUUCGGACAAUAAUCAUGCCUAUAAAGUGACAGACGCGACGGAGACAUUCUAUAGUUAUACAGGUCAUAUUAUCUUUUAUGGAGGCCCCGGGGGAAUUUAG